AUGGGACACAAAAAGAAGACCAAGCCGAAGCAACAGCCGGAUGGCGAUGCCGCUAAUGUCGAGCAAUCUCCAGCACCUACACUGUCAACGCCCGAGGACACCUUGGAGAGGAAAAGUGCCUCUUCCGAUUCGUCUGGUGGGUUUGUGAUGAGCACAAGUGCUAGGAGGAGGAAGAACAAGCUGCGUAAUGAACAGAAGGCCAAGGAUGCUGCUGGGGUUGUGACAGUGCCGAGCGAAGCGAACUUGCCAGCCAUCCCUACUGAACCAGCAGCCCAUUUUGAGGAACUCGCCGCCAAGCUCAAGGAAGAGGCGAGCCUUAUGAAGUUAAGCAAGACGGAUAGAAGCAGCUCGGACGAGUUCAUCCGGAAGUUGGCGCACGUCGUGGAGGCCGAGAGGGCCCGCCUUCAACCGAAGCCUUCUUUUAGAGGAACUGUCCAGCAGUUGAGGCUACAAAUGCAAGAAGGGUUUAGGCUCCCCAAGGCCGCCGGCACAAGGAGUCACGAUCUUUUAGUCAAUCGUCAAUAA